AUGAAGGCAGUGAAGGAGGGCAAUGAGGCGCUGGUGCAGAUGCUGCUCUCAGACGGCGCCGAAGCCAAGGCCGCGGACUCGGACGGACAGACCUCCCUGCACAUCGCGGCUCGCUCUGGCCAGCUGGAUAUUGUGCGCCUGCUACUGGAGGCCGGCGUUGACGCUAAUGCCGUGGACUCGAAUGGAGUGACCUCCUUGCACAUCGCGGCUGUCUACAGGCAACUGGACAUUGGGCGCCUGCUACUAGAGGCUGGUGCACAUCCAAACGUCGCCGAGACGGAGCACGGGAUGACGCCGCUGAUGAUGGCGGUGAGUAAGUCCGAUGAAGUGGCGGUGCGGAUGCUGCUUUUACACGGCGCCGACGUCAGCGCCGUGUACUCAUACCAAGGGAACUCCCUGCACCCCGCGGCUUACUUUGACCGGCUGAACAUCGUGCGCCUGCUACUGGAGGCCGGCACCGACGCCCAAGCCGCGGACUCGUACGGAAGCAACUCCCUGCACUACGCCGCUCGCUUUGGCCAGCUGAACAUCGUGCGCCUGCUACUGGAGGCCGGCGCCAAUCCCAACGUCGCCAAUACGGAGAGCGAAAAGACGCCGCUGAUGAUAGCGGUGAGGGAGGGCAAGGAGGAGGUGGUGCAGAUGCUGCUCUCACACGGCGCCGACGCCAAGGCCGCGGACUCGGACGGACAGACCUCCCUGCACCUCGCGGCUUACUUUGGCCAGCUGGACACCAUAUGCCAGCUACUGGAGGCCGGAGCAGAUCUAAACGUCGCCGCUACAGAGAGCAUGAUAACGCCGCUGAUGGGAGCG